AUGGAGUGUCCGUCGUGGCUUCUGGAGGAAAUCUGCACCAAUUUUUCCAACCUUACGGUGCUGAAAUUCAAGCAAUUAUGUAACCGAGCAUCUCAUCUUAUUCUCUACGGGCAUGACGAUGAAACCGUGCUUUCGGAUACUUCAGAAGGAAUCAACGCUGUUAAUAAUCACUCAAAUCUGGUAUUGAUUGGAAAUUGGUUACUUUUGAAACCAGCUGGAUACGAUUGUCCAUCUGAAGAUCUUGAAAAAGAAGUUGUGCAACUCGGACUGCCUCCAGAACACGGAAAUCAACUUCGAAAAGUUUAUGAAGUGAAUAAGGCUGAAUUGAUGGAAAAAGUCAAGAAUUCCGUUCAUAAAGAACCACAUGCAACAGUUCUCGAUUCGUCUCCAACUUCAUUAACUUUCCAAACUGAUUCACAAGUUUAUGACGUUUCAAUGAGUGGAAGUAUGAUGAAUCAAUUGAAAAAUGAUAUCGAAAAUUCGUUGACAAAAGUGAAAGAUUUUGCCGGAAGAUUGCCGUCGAUCUCCAAUUGA